AUGUUAAUUUCUUCUCCACUCUACACAGGUGAAAGAUAUGUUAGGCGCUGUCUUUUUUAUACGACAUCCAACAUAGAGGAAGAGUCACAGGAAAGCAAUGACGAGGCGGUUUCUGAUGCAGACCAUAAUUUGGUAGAAGAGACUCAAAGUACAAUAAUUGACUUAGAGCAGUCUUCUAUUGCCACGCCGUCAACGUCCAGUGUGGCAAGUACCUGCACCCCUGUCAGAGCCCAUAAGAGAAAAAUGAUUGACAGCAUUUCAAAAUUACUUGAAGAGAACAAAAAGGCCAGAGAGAAAAUCGUCGAAAUAUUUCUGGAAAAAACCAAUGUUCCUCAAGAAGACGAUGUAGAUGUGUUCUACAGAAGUAUCGCUUUAAGUGUAAAACGACUUCCCCCGCAUUUAAUUGCAAAAACAAAACUUCGACAUUUAGAAACUGUAAAUGAGUUACAAUUGCUAGCAUCUCAACCAAACGAUUUACCUCAACAGCAAAACAGGUCUUCAUUAAAUAGCUGUGCAGAGUCGCAAUGGCAAGGGUUUAAUAAUAAUCAGGAUCAAUACGACCAAUUACGAUAUCUUAAUUUAGAUUAA